AUGUUCGGUCUCCUCGGCUUCCUGAUCAAUGAUGUGGGCGCUGCGGAGCCCGCAGGCCUCAGGUCCAUGACCCCGCUGCGCGGCCAGCGCAUCGGCGAGUCGCGGCUGCCGGCGCCCUGGGGCCAGCAGCACGACCAGGGCGUGCAGGGCCUGCCCGCGGCGGAGCUGGCCCAGCAGAGCACGUCCAAGGUUCCACCGUUCUGGGCGCCGUACCUCGAGCAGCGUGGCUAUCCGUUCCGGCUGUGGGUCCAGGACGUGACGCUGUGGUGCGCGGCGACGGAGCUGCAGCCGCAGCAACGAGGCCCUGCGAUCGUGCAGCGGCUCGGCGGCACGGCCCGGUACCUCUGCCGCGAGGUGCCGCUCGAAGCCAUCGCGAUGGGCCGGUUCGACCAGUUGGGCAACCAGAUCGAAGACGGAGUGCAGAUGCUGAUCGCGGGCCUGCGACGGCGCUUCGGUCCGCUGGAUGUCCUGACGUUCAUCAGCACGAUCGUCGAGCUGCUCAACUUCCGCAGGCAGGAGCGGGAGAGCGUCGACGACGCGAUCACUCGCCUCGAGGCGCUGCGCGCACGCGUGGCGCAGCUGGACGACCCGUUCGCGAUGCCGACGCCGGUGCUCGCCCUGCCCUUCCUGGAGGCCGUGCACGUGCCCAAGGCGGUGUACCCCCUGGUGCUACAGGGCAACAACGGCCAGCUGCCCACGACGAUUGACCAGCUGAACGCGUUGAUCGGAAUGGUGCGGCAGCAGGGCCACUUCGCAGAACACACGCAUGCCGGGCCACAGAACCUGACCGAGGGCUACCGCGGCAAGGGUAAUCAUGGUCAGCACUGGUUUACUGAUGAGAGCACAGGCGGCGCAUCUACUUGGAAGGACACGGCCGCCUACAUGUACGGGCAGAAUGCAGACCGUGCGUCUAGGAGCGCCAGCCCGUCAUCGCAGCACUACGUGGUCCGAGACGACGAGGGCUACGAGUGCGGCGCUGUGUGCUCAAGCUAUUUGUACGAGGACGAGCCUGGCGACGAGGACUCGAUGACUGACGACGACGACCUGGACGUUUCCGAGUUCACACAGGAGGAGCUCCAGGAGUACUACGGCGACGCCGAGCGCUGGGACUACGACACCUUGCUGCACGAGUAUCUGUUCGCCAAGCGCAGGUUCCGCCACAUCGUCCAGCGCAACAGCCGCCGUGCACGCUUCCCUCGCAGCAGCUGGUCCCUGCGCGUGAGCAGCGGCAGGGGCGACCCCAGGAAGGGCGGCAGCAGCUUUGGACGAGGGCGGGGACAUGGCAAGGGCUAUCACUGCGGAGGAUCGGCGGUGACCCCUGGAUCGCUGGCGGGCGGCAAGGGCAAGAGGAACAGAGGAGGGGAGCAUUUCAUGUCAGGCACGCCCGGCGCCGCCAAUCCCCGAGGAAGUGACGGCCGCGCUAUGCAGCGCCACGAAUACGGCUCGGAGACCCACCUCGUGGCGGCUUGCCCCAAGCGCAAGGGCAAGAGCAAGGGCAAGCACCUCAUGUCCUGCAACACCGGCAGCUCAGGGACGGGGCCGCAGCAGUCUGGCACUGCCGCCUCUGACGCGAUGAUGUCCGCGUACGCGCCCGCGCCAGCGCAGCCGCGGACUGGAGCCCUGUCUGGAGUACUGCAUUGGUUCACUGAGGACGUGCGGACGCCCAGCCUGCAGAUCGACGACCUCGACGAGGUCAGCAUCCGCGGGGCCCUGGACUGGGAGACCCUCGACAUGCGCGACAACAUCGCCGAGCACGACAUGUUGUCGGAUAUCCAGGCCAGCGUGGAGGACACUUUCGUGGAGGAGCGGCCUGCAACCGGCCAGAGCCUGAUCCCGGGCGGGGUUGCUCCUAGAGCCCUCCCGGUGCCUGGGCGACCGGCGUCUACGACAGCCGCGAGCGCCAGCCCAGAAUGGUCCCCAUGGUGGCGAGUUGACCAGCUCGAGGACGCCAGUGGGGAGAACUACCUGGUACGUGCCCGUAUGCAGAACCGGAGCGGCGAGGCCUUGCUGGUGGACCCGGGGGCCCAGGUAACCUUACUGGCGACGAGUGGGGCAACAGGAUGGCCGAGAGACAGCCGCGAGCAGGAAUUCCACCGCCAGUUCGCACGCCCCUCGACAAGGUUCUUGAGGUUGGCCGCGCGGGCUCGGGAUCCCAGCAGGCAACGCACUCUCAUCGCUAUCAAGUGGCACUGCAGGGAGGCAGGAGGGCAGGACGCGACUUACGAGGCGCCGGUGCUCCCGAACAGCAGCGCGCCGGCACUACUUGGGCGGGAGGCGCUGCGGGACCAGCGCAUACUGCUUGAUUGCUUCAAUAAUCGGAUGUACCGCAUAGGCCCGGGCGGCAACUCCCUGCAGCUGAGUCCAGGCUCGGCGCAGUACCACCUGGAGGAGCUCGGGAUCUACGAGAACGAUGGCGUUGGCGACUUCGAUUGCGUCUGGUUCGACAGUCCUGUCAGCAGCUACCUCACCUACUCCUGCAUCUACCAGUACAGCGAGCAAGAAGGCCACGGCUCCGACACCACCACCAGGGAAAUAUGGGGGAGACCGCCGUCGGCAUGGGUGUUCGGCGACUUGCAGAACCUGUGCCAAAACGCGCUGCACGGAUGCGGAUAUGCGGUGGAUCGCGAUUGCGACGUUCACCGAGUCCUCGGGCAGGAGGACCGGUGGGCGGAGCCCCUGCGCCACCAGCAGCCGGAGCACGUCUGGAUCAGCCUGGCUCAGCUGGGUGCCGCGCGAGGCACCCGCAACGACAAGCGUGCCAAGCGCUUCGAGUGCAGGAUCGCGCGAGCCCAGCUGGAAAGACACCGCUGCUGCGUCGUCGAGGCGGACGAGGGCAGCGCGGCGUGGGGCAUGCCCGACAUUCUUGAGCUGAUUGACUACAGACGGUGGUGCACAGGCCGAGUUUCGUUCGCCGACGACGUCGACGACACCGGUUGCAAGGUGAGCGCCUUGACCGCAAGCUCCCCCAUCGAUCAGAGGACGCGCGACAAGGCGCGCAAGGCAGCAGACCCAGAGCGCAAGGCGAAGAAGAGGCCGCAGACGGUGGAGCAGGUCUUCGACGAUUGCGGCUCCGACUUCGCGCAGCUCCACGUGGCAAACGAGUAUGAGCUGGAUGAGGUCUGCUACGGGGUCGAGCUCAGGGAAGACCAGCACGUCGAUGAGCAGCCGUGCGUCAUGAUGUCCGAGUUCUUUGGCAUGGCCGGCUCGGAGGCGCACCUGAGCCAGGGGUUUUCGGCGCUCAACAGGGUCAACAACUACAGUGGCUGGCUUCGCAGUCGUAGGACAUCCGCGGGGUUGGCUCGCAUCGCCGCGGCAGCGGCGUGCACGCAGAUGGACGCCGGCCGCCACUCUGUUUCGGAGCAGCCACUGGGCAGUGACUUUUACAAGCUCGACGAUUGGCGAUACAUCGCCAACGACUAUGCGGUGGCGUGGUGCCAAGUCGACCAGUGCAUGGCCGGCAAGAUCGGGAUACGAACGGGACUACCGAUCAAGAAGUCCCCCGAGUUCUGGGCUUCUGACGAGCACCUGAUUGCGGGACUCAGGAAAUUUCGGUGCGACGGCCAGCACGAGCAUGCCCUGCUGGCCCAUGGCGGCCGAGGACCCCACCCGGAGCCGGACAAGUGGCGCCUGGAGAAUCCCAAGGAUGACGCGGAGUGGGGCAUCGGCAUCUGUCGGGAGCUGGCCAUGAGCAUUUCCCACGCGGUGGAGCGCGUGAGGCAGAACGGCGACCUCGAGGAGCUCGAGCAGAUGGUCCGCGACCUCGAUCGCGACUGGCAGCAGCACUGGAUGGAGCAGAGCCGGCCGAGACAUCAGGCGGCGCCUCAGGAUCCGCGGACGCCGUCGGUGAGGCACCCGGCGAGGCGCAACCUGCGGCAGCUCCAGCCGGACGAGCUCAAGGUGUGGAUGCGGGGACGCAGGCUCGAGCCAGUGACGAGCCGGGCUGGGCCGCUUUCGACCUUGGGCAUGCACUGCGGCUGCUUCACAGCCCACAUCAGGAAGUCGUUAGGCGCCAACUUCGACGACUUCAUGUUCGCUUCUGGCACGCUCCAGCUGCGCGCCUCAGAGAGCUACUGGCCGAAGAGCAUGGCGCUCUCGCGGCUCGCGACGGGCUUCACUGUGAUGGUGCAGUGGGGCACCCUCUACAUCGGCGAGCCCAUGGUGGCCCAUAUGAUUGAAGCGACACGCUGGACAGUACUGUACAUCCUGGACCGCAAGACGGCAAUCAUGAUCAUCGCCGGCAUCACCGGCGGCUGGAUACGACCUCAUGGCCCCAUGAAGCUGUUGAUUUCCGACAUCGAGGGCGGUCUCCACGGCGAGGAGGCGCCCCAGUGGCUGGAUCGCUGGGGCAUCGAGAUGAAGGCCAAGGAUGAGGGCUCGCACGCACAGCUGGUGAAACGCCAUCACGACCUGACGCGCAAGUUCAUCCACCGCGCGCGAGGCCAGCUUGCGGAAGAGGGCAUUGUGAUGCCGCUGGAGAUUGUGAUCGCGGAGUGUGCCCUCAUCAAGAAUCUCCUCAUCACCGUGGUCGUCUUCAGUCCCUACCAGGCGGUGCACGGCCGACUUCCACCAUUGCUCGCGGAGUUUGAACCGGUGAGCGAUUGUCAGAUUGACGAUCAGUCGGCUGGCAUCCCAGGCCGAGCAUUUCAAGUACGACCUCAGGACCUUCGACGAAGCCUCGUGUAUUUCGUCAUGUUCACGAACAACAUCUUCUUCGAGGCCGGAUCGCGCGACCCGGUGUCCACCAUCACGAGCUACGCAGACCAGCUGGACAGCAAGGUCGUGCGCGUCGGGUGGCUCUUCGACGCCGGGUGGAAGCGCACCGCGGACAGCGGGAAGCUCAGCGAGUUGGUCUUGGCCGUGCUUCAUGUUGCAGCCAGUGGUUUCUACCUAGUGGGCUGCGUCCGUGCUCGAGUGGGCAAUGGCGUAUCCGUGCUCGAAGGAAUGGUCGGGUGUGACCACAGCUUCCUGUGGUGGUGGCGACGCGGUCAUCCGGAGUUGUCCUGGUACCAUGAAGCGUCGAGAUCCGCCCGACUGAAGUUGGUGCAGAUUUUCGGCAAAGACCACUGGCGGGAUAUUAGCUUUGUGCAGUUCAUCAUGACCGACGACGAGUCUGUUCGAGAACUUCGGCGACAUGAGCCCGAAAUACCACACCUAGGAGAUCCAUGGUUCGGCAAUCUUCCGCACGCGCGGCGAUAUGAGCAGCCAGAACGACCCGAACCUGGACCGUUUCAGGACCCGCCGGGCCUGCAGCAGGAGGACUUCGACGUGCCCUGGCAAGACCGGCCGAUCCCCGACACGAGUAUAUCGAGUGUAUCCAGACAGACGAGUGCAUCGAUGCCGGCGCCCGACACGAGCAUCCAGGCCGACGAGUGCAAUAUCGAAUUCUACGAGGAGUCGGAGCGACCGAAGGCAACCUCGACCACGAGUCAAGCAGAGGAGCUCGAGAAAGAUCGCGAUCGCGGGAUGACCCAGACCGCGACCGUGGAGCUCGGGGCUCAAGUGGGGCAGCAGCGGAAGCUGGAGUACCUGAUCCACUGCAUGAGCCGGUGCUUCCUAUCAAAGGAGUACGCGUUCGCCAGCUGGCAGUGCAUGAAGGAGCAGGCCGCCCUGCCCGCGGUUGACACCGAGUGCACCCAGAACGACUUCUUCGUCGCAGCCCCGGACGCAGAUCACGUGACGGAGGCCGCGGAGGACGACUCUGUGAAUUCCCGACCCGACUGCGUCGAGAUCGGCAUGGGCGCUCCGUUGAUGUACUGGGUGUACCUUGAGGCAGAGCAUGUUCGACGCCCUGGAUCGGGUGAGAUCUACGUUCUUCGCAUCUACAACACGGGCCAGCGCGAGAUCGUUGUCGAACGUGAGAUGAAUGUGCUCACGCUGGGGGAAGCCCGAGCGCACGAAGUGGAAGUGCGACAGGCUAUGAAGGAUGAGCUCCAGCGCUGGGCGGGCUUGAAAGUAUUCCAGCGCUUCCCGAAGGAUCAGGCGGACAACGUCAUCGACUCGCGCUGGGUGCACAAGUGGAAGGAGAUCGACGGCAAGAAGCAGGUGCGCGCGAGACUCACGGUGAGGGGCUUCAAGGACAUGCAGUCCCCGGAGCUAUCAACGUUCGCGGGCACGACGACACGAUGGGGACAACGACUGGUGAAUCAGGUGACGGCACAGCGCAAGUGGCGACUAUUCUCAGCGGACAUUAGCCAAGCGUUCCUGCGCGGCCUCACUUUCGAGCAGGUCGCCGCCAUGGGCGGCGAGGUGAAGCGGAAGGCGCAGUUCACUAUGUCGCCAGGAUCGAUUCCGGUUCUCCGGCAACUGGAAGGCCACGAGGACUACAACCCUGUGACAGAGGUGUUGUUGCUCCUUCGCUGCGGGCCCGGCCUCGCAGACGCGCCGAGGAUGUGGCAGGUCAUGCUGAAGCAGGUGCUGGAGAAGACCGGUGGCAAGGCGCUCAUCAGCGACCCGCAGAUCUACGUGUGCCACGACGCAAAGGGCGAGCUUCAGACCACCUGCGGGAAAAAGGUGCUGAGCAUGAUCGAGGGCGAGUUCGGGAAGAUGAAGCACCAGUACGACCGCUUCGAGUGCAUCGUCACCAUGCACGAGCAGGACCCGGUGACAAAGGCCAUCUGGACGCACCAGCAGCAUUACGUUCAGCAGCUGCGACCACUCCAGGCGGAUCAGUACGCGAUGGAGAACGAAGACGGGCAAGUGAGCGCGGAGAGCCACGCGGCGUAUAUGUCGCUUCUUGGCGGAAUAGCAUGGAUGACGCAGACGAUGGCACCACUUGCAGUAUAUGUAAGCUACCUCCAGCGACAGGCCAAGAAGCCGACCGUCGGAGACCUCAGGAAGAUCAGCCGGCUGCUGACAUGGAUUAUGGCGAACGUGAAGCAGCUCGGGGUUCGGUUCGUUGAGUUGGAGAUGACCCCCUUCCACGCCAUGGAGUUCGAAGGACUGGCGAUCCGAGGCUGCGUGAUCAUGUUGCUGGAGACCAGUGGUGAAGUGCCUCAGACGGGAUCGACUUACCGAAUCGUGAUAGUGGGUUGGUAUAGUCGCAAGCGGAGCAACGUGGUCAUGUCUACGUGCGCGGCGGAGCUGAUGGCGCUGUUCGACGCGCUUGGCACGGGCACUCUCAUGAACGUGGCGCUGACCGAGGUUAGCGAGGGUGUGCACACGGCGAACCAGAUGCGCGUGCGACAGGAGGCUGGCGACCUGAUGUUGAAGACGAUCGCCGCCAUCGACGCGAAGGCAGUGUUUGAUGCCAUCUCCACCGACACCAUCAAGAUCACCACGGACAAGCGGAUGUUCGUGCCGACGCUCGCGGCACGGGAGCAGAUCGACCGACUACAGCUGGCUCAGCUCAGUUGGAUCGACACGAUGGACAUGUUGGCGGACGGGCUGACGAAAGGCGAGAUCGACCAGACUGCACUCGCGAGGCUGGGCUGCAACAGCGAGUGGCGUCUGAGUGGACUGCAGCCAGUUGCCUUUUCUGUGCGCAGCGUGCUGUAG